ACCACUGGGGGAGGAGAGGGCUUUAACCAAGCAUCAGGCACGCAGGACAAGAAAAGGAUUAGGAGUAAAGAGCUAGGGAAGAAAAGAUAAUGCAAGAGACGUUGCUUAAGUUUCAAAUAGCUGGAAAAUAGUUUCUGUGGUUUUGGUCACACGAGCUUUUGCAAGACAGGGGUUUAACAUCUAGGCAAGUUUUGUAGCUAUUAGGUUUAAAUGAUACUCAAGUAGGAAACCACUGACAAUCAGGAAUCUACUUUUACAGAAUAUUUAGAUUCAGUUGUGCAAAGCUACCUUUGGAAGUAUAAAAUGUUUCAAGCCUUUGUUCGGCAAGCUACUUCAGCAUAUCGCCCACUACCCAGUCUUCUGCCAGGUGAACCUGAGAUGAAGUACAAGGGCAAGUUGGUGCACGAAACUCAGCUUAACUGCUUCUACAUCCAACCUGGAGGUUCCAACUAUGGAAGUCCCCGUCCAGCUCAUGCCAACAUGAAUGCCAAUGCAGCGGCAGGGCUUGCCCCAGAGCAUAUCCCUACUCCAGGGGCAGCUCUGUCCUGGCAGGCUGCUAUCGAUGCUGCCAGGCAGGCCAAAUUGAUGGGUAGUGCUGGCAAUGCAACAAUAUCCACAGCUAGCUCCACGCAGAGGAAACGACAGCAGUAUGGGAAACAGAAAAAACAGGGUACAACCACAGCUACACGUCCUCCCCGGGCAUUGCUGUGUUUAACGCUGAAAAAUCCCAUUCGGAGGGCAUGCAUCAGCAUCGUCGAAUGGAAAUCAUUUGAAAUAAUUAUUUUACUGACUAUUUUUGCCAAUUGUGUGGCCUUAGCUAUCUAUAUCCCCUUUCCAGAAGAUGAUUCCAAUGCCACCAAUUCCAAUCUGGAACGAGUGGAAUAUCUCUUUCUCAUAAUUUUUACAGUGGAAGCAUUUUUAAAAGUAAUAGCAUAUGGACUUCUCUUUCACCCCAACGCUUACCUCCGCAAUGGCUGGAAUUUACUAGAUUUUAUAAUUGUGGUAGUAGGGCUUUUUAGUGCAAUUUUAGAACAAGCAACCAAAGCAGAUGGGGUGAAUUCAAUAGGAGGGAAAGGUGCCGGAUUUGAUGUUAAAGCACUGCGGGCUUUCCGAGUGUUACGCCCCUUACGGCUGGUAUCUGGAGUUCCUAGUCUCCAAGUGGUUUUAAAUUCCAUUAUCAAGGCUAUGGUCCCCUUACUGCACAUUGCCCUGCUGGUGCUGUUUGUCAUAAUUAUCUAUGCCAUCAUUGGACUGGAGCUAUUCAUGGGGAAGAUGCACAAGACCUGCUACUUCCUGCAAGGCGGAUUACCGGCAGAAGAGGAAGCCUCUCCUUGUGCCCCUCUAUCAGCGCAUGGACGGCAGUGUCAGAAUGGCACUGAGUGCAAACCAGGAUGGGAGGGGCCCAAGCAUGGCAUUACCAAUUUCGACAACUUUGCCUUUGCCAUGUUAACUGUGUUUCAGUGCAUCACUAUGGAGGGCUGGACAGAUGUACUGUACUGGAUGCAGGACGCUAUGGGCUAUGAGUUACCAUGGGUGUAUUUUGUCAGUCUGGUCAUCUUUGGAUCCUUUUUCGUUCUAAAUCUGGUUCUUGGUGUGUUGAGCGGGGAGUUUUCCAAAGAAAGAGAGAAGGCAAAGGCUCGGGGUGACUUUCAGAAGUUGCGGGAGAAACAACAGCUGGAGGAAGACUUGAAGGGGUACCUGGAUUGGAUAACUCAAGCAGAAGACAUCGAUCCAGAAAAUGAAGAUGAAGGCAUGGAUGAGGAGAAGCCCCGAAACAUGAGCAUGCCUACAAGUGAGACUGAGUCCGUGAACACAGACAAUGUGGCGGGAGCAGAUAUUGAAGGAGAAAACUGCGGUGCUAGGCUGGCGCAUCGGAUCUCCAAAUCUAAGUUUAGCCGGUACUGGCGCCGGUGGAACAGGUUCUGCAGGAGGAAGUGCCGAGCUGCUGUCAAGUCCAAUAUUUUCUACUGGCUGGUGAUCUUCCUUGUGUUUCUCAACACCCUUACCAUCGCUUCUGAACAUUACAACCAGCCAUACUGGCUUACAGAGGUCCAAGACACUGCCAAUAAGGUGCUGCUAGCUCUUUUCACGGCAGAGAUGCUGCUGAAGAUGUACAGCUUAGGUCUCCAGGCCUACUUUGUAUCACUCUUCAACCGCUUUGACUGCUUUAUUGUUUGUGGAGGAAUCCUGGAGACCAUCCUGGUGGAGACCAAGAUCAUGUCACCGUUGGGCAUCUCGGUGUUGAGAUGCGUCCGACUCCUGAGAAUAUUUAAAAUCACAAGGUAUUGGAAUUCCUUGAGUAACCUAGUGGCUUCACUGCUGAACUCAGUCCGUUCCAUCGCUUCCCUGUUGCUGCUUCUCUUCCUCUUCAUCAUCAUCUUCUCACUCCUGGGAAUGCAGCUCUUUGGGGGCAAGUUUAACUUUGAUGAGAUGCAAACCAAGAGGAGCACAUUCGAUAACUUCCCCCAGUCCCUCCUCACGGUAUUUCAGAUCCUGACUGGGGAGGACUGGAAUUCGGUGAUGUAUGAUGGGAUCAUGGCUUAUGGCGGCCCCUCUUUUCCAGGAAUGUUGGUCUGUAUUUACUUCAUCAUCCUCUUCAUCUGCGGAAACUAUAUCCUGCUGAAUGUAUUUUUGGCUAUCGCUGUGGACAAUCUUGCCGAUGCUGAGAGUUUGACAUCUGCUCAGAAAGAAGAGGAAGAGGAAAAAGAAAGGAAAAAACUAGCUAGGACCGCUAGUCCUGAAAAGAAACAGGAGAUUGAGAAACCAGCUGUGGAGGAGGAGACAAAGGAGGAGAAAAUUGAGCUGAAAUCUAUCACUGCUGAUGGAGAGUCCCCGCCUACUACCAAGAUCAAUGUGGAUGAUUAUCAGCCCAAUGAAAAUGAAGAGAAGAACCCAUAUCCUACUACAGAAGCUCCAGCAGAGGAAGAGGAGGAGGAGCCUGAAAUGCCUGUCGGCCCUCGGCCACGCCCAAUGUCUGAACUGCACCUCAAAGAGAAGGCUGUGCCCAUGCCGGAUGCCAGUGCUUUUUUCAUCUUCAGCCCUACCAACAGGUUUCGUCUCCACUGCCAUCGAAUCGUUAAUGAUAACAUUUUCACCAACCUGAUCCUCUUUUUCAUCUUGCUCAGCAGCAUCUCCCUGGCAGCUGAGGACCCUGUCAAACACUACUCCUUUAGGAACCAAAUUCUCUUUUAUUUUGAUAUAGUUUUUACUGUCAUUUUCACCAUUGAAAUUGCUCUGAAGAUCCUAGGCAAUGCAGACUAUGUCUUCACUAGUAUCUUUACAUUAGAAAUUAUUCUUAAGAUGACUGCAUAUGGAGCUUUCCUCCACAAGGGCUCCUUCUGCAGGAACUACUUCAACAUCCUAGACUUGCUGGUGGUCAGUGUGUCUCUCAUCUCCUUUGGGAUCCAGUCCAGUGCAAUCAACGUAGUGAAGAUCUUACGUGUCCUGCGAGUGCUCAGACCGCUGAGGGCCAUCAACAGAGCCAAGGGACUAAAGCACGUGGUCCAGUGCGUAUUUGUAGCCAUCAGAACCAUCGGAAACAUUGUGAUUGUCACCACUUUGCUGCAGUUCAUGUUUGCCUGCAUUGGAGUUCAGUUGUUCAAGGGCAAACUGUAUAGCUGCAGCGAUAGCUCCAAGCAAACAGAAGCAGAAUGCAGGGGGCAUUAUAUUUCGUACAAAGAUGGAGAAGUCACCCAGCCAAUCAUCCAGUCCCGCAAUUGGGAGAACAGCAAGUUCAACUUUGACAACGUCUUGACUGCCAUGAUGGCACUCUUCACUGUUUCAACCUUUGAGGGCUGGCCAGAGCUGCUGUACAAAUCCAUAGAUUCUCACAUGGAGGAUGUGGGACCCAUCUAUAACCACAGGGUGGAGAUCUCCAUUUUCUUCAUUAUCUAUAUCAUCAUCAUUGCUUUCUUCAUGAUGAACAUCUUCGUUGGUUUCGUCAUUGUCACGUUUCAGGAACAAGGAGAGCAGGAAUACAAGAACUGUGAGCUGGACAAGAACCAGCGCCAAUGUGUUGAGUAUGCCCUGAAGGCCCGCCCCCUGCGGAGGUACAUCCCUAAGAACCAGUACCAAUACAAAGUGUGGUAUGUGGUGAACUCCACCUAUUUUGAGUACCUGAUGUUUGUUCUCAUCCUGCUGAACACCAUCUGCCUGGCUAUGCAGCACUAUGGUCAGAGCUGUCCCUUCAAACAAGCCAUGAAUAUCCUCAACAUGCUCUUCACGGGUCUCUUCACCGUCGAGAUGAUUCUGAAACUAAUCGCCUUCAAACCCAAGGGUUACUUUAGUGAUCCUUGGAAUGUUUUUGACUUCCUCAUCGUAAUUGGCAGCAUUAUAGACGUCAUUCUCAGUGAAACUAAUCACUAUUUCUGUGAUGCAUGGAAUACAUUUGACGCCUUGAUUGUUGUGGGUAGCAUUGUUGAUAUAGCAAUCACCGAGGUGAACCCAGCUGAACAUACCCAAUGCUCUUCCUCUAUGAAUGCAGAGGAAAACUCGCGCAUCUCAAUCACCUUUUUCCGACUCUUCCGUGUGAUGCGUCUCGUGAAGCUUCUGAGCCGUGGGGAGGGCAUCCGGACGUUGCUUUGGACCUUCAUCAAGUCCUUCCAGGCUCUCCCCUAUGUGGCUCUUUUAAUAGUGAUGUUAUUCUUCAUCUAUGCGGUGAUUGGAAUGCAGGUAUUUGGUAAAAUUGCUCUGAAUGAUACCUCGUAUAUAAACCGCAACAACAACUUUCAGACGUUCCCUCAAGCAGUGCUGCUACUCUUCAGGUGUGCCACUGGUGAAGGCUGGCAGGACAUCAUGCUUGAUUGUCUGCCAGACAAGAAGUGCGAUCCUGAGUCAGAGCCAACCAACUCUACUGAAGGCGACCAUUCCUGUGGGAGCAGCUUUUCCAUCUUUUAUUUCAUCAGCUUCUACAUGCUCUGUGCCUUCUUGAUUAUCAAUCUUUUUGUGGCUGUUAUUAUGGAUAACUUUGACUACUUGACACGGGAUUGGUCCAUUCUGGGGCCACAUCACCUUGACGAGUUUAAAAGGAUCUGGGCAGAGUAUGACCCUGAAGCCAAAGGACGGAUCAAACACCUGGACGUGGUGACGCUGCUCCGGCGGAUUCAGCCUCCGCUGGGCUUUGGAAAGCUCUGUCCUCAUCGAGUGGCUUGCAAACGCCUAGUCUCUAUGAAUAUGCCACUGAACAGUGAUGGGACUGUCAUGUUUAAUGCCACCCUCUUUGCAUUGGUCAGAACAGCACUGAGGAUCAAAACUGAAGGUAACCUGGAGCAAGCCAAUGAGGAGCUGCGAGCGAUCAUUAAGAAAAUCUGGAAGCGCACCAGCAUGAAGCUGCUGGAUCAGGUUGUGCCCCCGGCAGGCGACGAUGAGGUGACAGUCGGGAAGUUUUAUGCCACUUUCCUGAUCCAAGAGUAUUUCCGGAAAUUCAAGAAACGUAAAGAACAAGGCCUCGUGGGCAAACUCUCACAGCGGAAUGCUCUCUCCUUGCAGGCCGGGUUGCGCACAUUGCAUGACAUUGGGCCAGAGAUCCGACGGGCAAUCUCCGGAGACCUGACAGCUGAAGAGGAGCUAGACAAGGCCAUGAAAGAAGCUGUUUCCGCUGCCUCUGAAGAUGAUAUCUUCAGGAGGGCUGGUGGUCUGUUCGGAAACCAUGUCAGCUACUACCAAAGUGAUGGCAGGAGCUCAUUCCCCCAGACAUUCACCACCCAGCGCCCUUUGCACAUCAAUAAAUCUGGCAACAACCAGGGAGAUACGGAAUCCCCAUCACACGAGAAGCUAGUGGAUUCCACCUUCACUCCCAGCAGCUACUCGUCUUCGGGAUCCAACGCCAACAUCAACAAUGCCAACAAUACUGCCUUGUCCCGCUUCCACAGCCCACCCAGCUACCCAAGUACUGUCAGCACAGUGGAGGGGCAUGGCACACCCUUGUCACCCACCAUACGAGUGCAGGAAGCCCCUUGGAAACUCACUUCCAAAAGCUCCAGUUCCAGAGACAGCCAGCUGGCAAUCGUUUGCCAAGAGGAAGUAUCUCAGGAUGAGACUUACGAUGAGAAUUUGAAUGAAGACGUAGAGUACUGUAGCGAACCAAGUCUGAUCUCUACUGAAAUGCUCUCAUACCAAGAUGAUGAGAACAGACAACUGACUCCACCUGAAAACAACAAAGGCGAGGGGUCCAGGCAGUCUCCAAAGAGGGGGUUUCUUCGCUCCUCGUCACUGGGUCGAAGAGCAUCUUUUCACUUGGAGUGUCUGAAGAGACAGAAGAACCAAGGUGUAGAUGUCUCCCAGAAGACAGUUCUGCCAUUGCAUCUGGUACACCAUCAGGCACUAGCAGUGGCAGGGCUGAGUCCCCUGCUCCAGAGAAGCCAUUCCCCAACAACGUUCUCCCCCCGGUUGUGUGCCACGCCCCCUGCCGUGCCCUGUAGCCGUGGCUGGCCACAGAAGACCAUCCCGACUUUACGGCUUGAUGGAGUGGAGUCCAGUGAGAAACUCAACAGUAGCUUCCCAUCAAUACACUGCAGCUCCUGGUACUCUGACAGCACCAGCUGCAGCAGCCCUCGGAGAGCCAGGCCGGUCUCCCUCACCGUCCCCAGCCAGACUGGAGGGAGCAGCAGGCAGUUCCACGGCAGCGCUGGCAGCCUUGUCGAAGCGGUCUUGAUUUCAGAAGGACUGAUGCAGUUUGCGCAAGAUCCAAAGUUCAUUGAGGUCACAACCCAAGAGCUAGCAGAUGCCUGUGACAUGACAAUAGAAGAGAUGGAAAAUGCAGCAGACAACAUACUCAAUGGUAACAGCAAGCAAAGCCCCAAUGGCAACCUCUUGCCUUUUGUUAACUGCAGGGACCCAGGGCAGGACAGUGCAGGAGAGGAAGAGGAAGAGGUGCAGAACCCGGAUUGUAGAAAAAGUCAGGAGGAGCUCCAGGACAGCAGGAUUUAUGUCAGCAGCCUGUAGUUGCCAGGGCUGAAGCGAUGCUGGUUUUUUAUUUGUUUCAAUGUUCCUAAUGGGUUUGUUUCAGAAGUGCCUCACUGUUCUCGUGACCUGGAGUAACCGGAACAGCGUUCUUCAUUCAUUUCUGUUGGGACGAGUCGCAGAGUUGGGUGGUGUAAGAGAGCUUUUCAGGAGCGAAUACAACCCCAGCAUGUGUCCAUGAGGAGGAGGAAGAGGUGGAGGAGGAGAGCCAGCUCCCGCUUGUUCUCAGUCGCUGCACAAGGAACAAUGGCUGCUUCCUGAAUGCAAAGGAGAACCUCAGCUUCCUGUGGAUGGCCCUAGCCAAAAGGACCCUGCAUCAAACGGGUGUCUUUCAACUUUGCUUGUAAAAAUCAUUUUGCACAUAUUCUGUAUGAGCCUCACCGUCUCCAUAAAGCCAAGGCCCUUUUGAUUUGGAAUAGAAUGAUGGACUUCUUCUGCUGUGGAUUCCAGUACCUUGUUGGGGAGGAGGAAGCAGAAGAAGCCUUAGGGGACAUGAGAGGCAAAUGGCAACACUGCAGGAAGGCUUGUUGACAGAAAAUGCAGAGACUCCCAGGCAGUGGUCUCUGCCAACCAAUCAGAGCUCAGGCAGUCACUUCUGCCAACCAAUCAGAGCUCAGGUAGCCAUGUCUGCCAACCAAUCAGAGCUCAGACAGCCAGCUGUGCCAACCAGUGGGAGAGCAGGUAGCAGGCUCUGUCAAGCAGAGCUGAGGCAACCUGCCCUUUUCUAAGUGAGGUGGUGUUGGGCUUAUGUAGAUCUCUCUUUGUUUUUGCAGUUUGAUAUUUUCUUGAAAGCAUGUUCCAAUUUUUAUUUUGAAUAUUUUUGUUUUGUUUUGGAGGGAGAGGGGAGAAAGGCGUGUUUACAAAAUUUUGUAACCACCUACCCUUUUUGUUUUGUUCUGUCUUCACCUUUGCAAAUGUUAAAUUGGUUUGGUUACAUUGUAUUAUUUAAACUAUUUUUUCUCCAUUGAAAUUCGGUAGAAGCUAUAAUGAUAGAAGAGUUUUAUCAACCAUUAUGUACACCAAGAAUUUGUAAUUUAAUUUGAUAGUAAUUGAAAUCUCCUUUUUUUUGUUGUUGUUUUAUAAUUUAAAGAUAGUAGGCAAUGCACUUGAUAUAGUCUUGCACAUUUGAGUGAUUGAUUUGGAUUCUUUUUAGUGCUAGGUAUUUUUGUGAGUGAGUGUGUGAGCGGCACUGAGUGAGCGUGUGUGUGUAUGUGUGUAUAAGUGCAGACAGUUCUCCACUUCCUGGUUUUACCUUCAGGAGAUCUGUAUCUGGGGCCAUUUGAAUGCAAAAACAAACCACUGUCUCUGCUUUUGAAAGGGGAAUCAGUAACUCUUUGCAUUUUCUGUUCCACAAGAUAUGCAAAAACAAUGCAAUAAUAUUAAUUUUAAAAUACAAUUGUGAGUUGUGUUGGCAUUAAAACUGUAUAGAAACAAAAUUAAGGGGAAAAACAAACAAAAGUGAGAAGGAGUUAUGCUUCAAUAUAUUCCGUGUGAUGUUUUAUUGCAUUGAUAAUGUUUCUGUUGAAGAAACCGUAAUACUUGAAUUCAGGUCAGUUUCAGUAUUUUUCAAAUAUUUUUUUAAAAUGAAUUGCAAUUGUGCCAAGCAAAUAUAAUGAAUUGAAUUAAGUUUGUUUUAAAAGAUCACUUCUUGUAUAUUUUGCUGCAUGUAAAGUAAAUCAUUUCGUAUUUGGAGUGUGCCAAGCUUUACCUUUGAACUUUUAAGUGCUUUUCUACGUGUGGUUGGGGAAAUGGGUACUAAAUAUUUUUUUUCAUUUUUUAAUUUGUACAAUGAACAAAGUGUACCUAGUGUAAGUAACUAGUCUGCAAUCCACUGACAGGUUGAACGUUACUGAUUUUGCAUAUCUUGUGUUCACUUUCCUUUUUCCUCACUCCCUUAAACAUGCACAAUUAAUUUCUGAGUAGAGUAUCUUGCUUCCUGAAACCAGGACAUUUUAUCCAGUCUUCAUCCUCUUCCCUGUGCUCAGAUUCUCUCAGUAUUUCUUCUCACUAGGGUGGCUAAAUCCAUAUGCCAAGCUGAUCUGGUAAGAUUUCUAGGAACUCAGCUGGCACCAGCAACUCAGGGGGGAUGGGAUUAUAAUAUAUAAUUUCAUAUUUCUUUCACUGAAUCUCUAACUCUUGGUCAUCAAUAAUAGAGUUUCCUGGGGUACAUGACAGGCAAAUGCAAGAGGCAGAGUCAUUAUCUAGGGAAAAUAAUCUAGCUCUGCCCUUGACUGAUAUUCCAGUGUUACUCAAGAGAAUUGCUCUGGUACUGCUCUCAGCUGGAGCCACAGAGGGUUAGUGACAUGAGCCCAUAUUUUGCACUCUAAUGUGCAAUCUCAUCAUUCUCCUCAUACUUGAGUUUAUGGGCCAGGUUCUGGACCUCAGUCAUACCAUUUUAAAUCUGGCAUAACUCCACUGAAGUCAAUGGCACUAUGUCUCCUGCCCAUCUCAAUCUUGUUAUUGAAUCUGAACUUCCUCUUGUCCCUCCUGUGCCUGGCACUUGUCUCUAGUGACAAACCAGAAGAGAAAUAUGUAGAUCUUAUGCAACUUGCUGGGUUUUCCUUGGAAAUGGAUUCUUCAUUUGAAACCACUUGAAAAACUACAUCAUGUGGAAUCUUGGCUGUCUAUGUCUAAAACUCUCACAAGUUUUGCUCCAUUUUCCAGAUGGAUCCCAGAGUUGCAGAUCCGUACUGAAUAAAGAAGAAUGAUCUGAUUCAGGAAAAUCAGAACCAAACUUUGAUCCAAAACUUGAGCUUAUUGUGAGAUCUGAAAAUGUUAAGUUUAUUAUGUAUAUUGUUUAUAUUUUCAUUUACCUCUGGACUUUCCUGCUCUUGAAUGGGGCCUAAAGGAGAAACAACAAAGGGAUAUUUUUGGUGGUAUUGUAUUCCCAGUGGUAUUAUCAAGUGGCCAGCAGCACUUCAAUAUGUCCUGGAUAUCUUAUCAAGGAAAAGCCUCUUCUCAAGAGAUUUUUAUUGAACCAAAGAAGCUUGCAGCAGUUUAGCUACACAUUGGGGAAGAGGGGGGGGGGUCAAAGUCUUGAAAUCCAAGACUUACCUAGGCAAAAUUAUGCAUAGACAUCGAUCAGCCAUGUGCUGAGCAUUUUUACUUGUUCUUUACUGAGACAAACUCUCAUGGAGUUUUGCCUGGGACUUGCAUAUGGAUUCAGGGUUUUAUUUCUGGCUACUUCUCUGAUCCAAAUCAAAGCUCCAAACCUUUUGAAGGGUCUCCAUUCUUAGUGUUGUGAUGCAUAGGUCCAGUGCUAUUGAAAAUGAAAUAGCCCCACUGCUAAUCACCUAUUUCUGAGAGGAAGUCAGGUGGCAGAGUCUCCCUAACUCAUUCUCUUUGACUGAAUAGUUCAUUUGAUGUACAUUUAGUGGUCACAUUUGUUGGUGCUCAUCACCUCUGAAAAACAAGCUACUAAUCUGUAGUAGUCUUUGCUGAAGUCAGUGGGAGCUCUGGAUGCUCAGCAGGUGCUCGUUUCCUCUUAGGAUUUGGCCUCAGGCUAGAGGAUGAAGCUUACAUCAUCUACAUCCUUCUGUGAAAACUCCUAUUCCCUCAGUGAUCACGCCCUGCAGAGGGCUGGAGAAACCCCAUCUCUCCACUGAACAGUCCUCUACACCCUACUGAUUUAAAUGCUUGUGCAGAGAGGACAAUGCAGAUGAAGAUGAUAUUUAUAAUUUGGGAGUGGUACAAAAAUCAGAACUUGCUGCUGCCAGCUGUGCUAAUUUCACUCUCUUUGGAAGAUGGCAAUUCAUUUAGGUACUUUCUGACUUACAGAUUGCAAUAGGCCUGAGCAAAGAGCUACUGCCUCCUUCAAGUGGGGCAGGGUCUGGGCCAUGGUGGGGAGGAGAGGGCAGGUUUAGUUCCCUGGCAUGUCUUUCCUUUCCGUUUAUUGGAGCAAGUGUCAGGUACAAUCACUGCGCUGUGGAUGGAAACAUUGAAGAAGUGAAUGAUUGAGGAGUUUUGUGUACGGAAUAAGAAAGGAGGAAACAGUCUUAUCUUCAUCAUUUGAGUGUGGUUGAUCUGCAGCUUGCUAACAAUACACUGCAGACUAAAGACAUUUCUUACAAAACAACAUACCUGCUCUCUUAUCACCCCUGGUCAUUACUCCAGGCAGCACCAGGCCAGUCACACUGGAUGCAUUUGUUUUUUCUUCCUUAUUUUGUAUGGCUGCCAUGAUGGAAAAAGUGGGACUGAUGAUUCAGAGCUGGAGUUUCCUUAUCCACAGACCUUUUCUGCAUCAUCUGCCUCUUCAGCUGGACAUAUGAAUGAUGAUGAUGAUGUAGAUGCUGCUGCUACUGUGAGGGGUUCAACCUGUUUCAUUCCCCUGCCCGACCGCACCCCAGUCUGGAGGGACAGCUGAAGGAGCGCCAUGUACAGAAUCGCAUCUAUUUCUGCUUUGUUUUGUGACUCAAAACCCUGCCCCUUCGAUGGCUAUGACGACAACAACAACAACAAAAGGGCAAAUGCAUUUUUUACAUUUCUUGAUAAUUUUCAAAGCAAUGUAUCAUUGCUUUCUUUAGACUGAUGCCAAUAUAACAGUUGUAUGGGUCUCAGCCAGGCUCCUGUGUCUUUUCUGACUGCUAGUUUCAGAUUGCUGUGUGAAAUGUAUGCAUGUUUGCACACAGACACAAUCCCACAAGGUGACAGACUCACAAGCCAGCCAGAUUGCUAACAUGCUUUUUACAUGCAGUUGGAGGCCUCUUGCUUCUUACAUAUAUAUGAAAAAACUAAUCAGCAAACCAGAGAAUAUUCUUUAAUGAAGCAGCCACAUUUGGAUAGAACUGAAUAAUAUAAUAUAUAUCCACAAUACAGCCUUGACUGUCUAAGUGUCAUGUGGGACACUGAGUAAGAAGUUUGGAAAUCAAGGGAUUUUAAAGCAAUUAACAUCUAUCAAGGAACCUGAAUCUACUUCAGAUAGUUGUGAGUUUUGAUAGGUUCAGAUAAUCAAGAUUGUAGUGCAUAUAAAGAAAAUCAUAAUUCCAGUCAAAAGAUCUAAAUCACUUCUCACUAAUGUCAGUGUAAACCAAGUAUAAUUCAUUUGAAGCUAAUGAGGUAAUACUGAUAUCACACCGGUGUGAAAUUAGAAUCAGGCCCAGAAAAUUUAUUUUUUCUCCCUGAAGGAGCCUGACUAUAAUUUUUGCAUAAACCUGAGCUGCCUAUGUUUUUCAUUUUUAUUUUAAUAUCUGAUUUUAGUUGGCUUUGUAAGAUUAAUUAAAAAUGGGAAUUAAUUUAUAAGCCCCGGGAUCAAAACCGUUCUUAUCAGAAGUCCAGUCCCAAGGAAGUCCCUCUGCUGCUGCUUUGUUUCUGAGGAUCUUACAGUAAGAGCCAUUUGGCCUCCCUGCUUCCGUGGGCCUGACAUGGGGGCACGUGAGAAUGGCCGCACAGCAAUGAAAUGCGUGGUGCAGCACUAAAAACAGACGGGUCUCUAACUUAACAUAAAGAGGUCUGUGGUAUCAUACUAGGAUGAAAGAACAGGAGUACUUGUGGCACCUUAGAGACUAACAAAUUUAUUAGAGCAUAAGCUUUCGUGGACUAUAGCCCACUUCUUUGGAUGCAUCGAAUGCUUAUGCUCUAAUAAAUUUGUUAGUCUCUAAGGUGCCACAAGUACUCCUGUUCUUUUUGCGGAUACAGACUAACACGGCUGCUACUCUGAAACUAGGAUGAAAGUCUCUCCUGAUAUUAAAUUCAGUGUCCUGUUCAAAGCCCCUAUUCUCCCCACCUUGUAGAGACUUUGCUUAUGAUGAGCAUAAAGAGAAGCCCCUCUUUAGAAGUGAACAGUCCUGUCUAAAGGGCUACCCGAAAAGUGCAUCUUCAAUAAGCAAACUGCUGUAGGCAUUUAUCUACUUCAGCAUUACAAAUGACUUCACGGGAGGCAAAAAUCAAUAGCCCACAAUCUCGCCACAUUCUCACACUGUUACUUCUUUGUUCCAUAUCACUCAGACAACCUGCUUUCAUUGAAGUCCAUCACAUUCUCCAGCCAUUGCUUUCACUUGGUCCAGGAGCAAACUGGCUGGGUCAUAGGCCAAAUGCUAUGCCUCAAACACAGACCAGGGCAGACAUGCCUCCUUCCUAGAACAGAUGCUCGCCCAACCUUCAAACAACUUCCUUCCUAUGCAGUAACCUUCCCAACCAUCUUCCCCUACUUAGUACAGAGCCCUCCCACCACUAGUCUUCUCAUCUAUAUGAUAAAUGUCCUGAGUUGUCCAGCCAGGCAAAAUGUAAUCUAUUUCCCAGAGAGAAUCCGGGGCCAGUUUGCUCCUGGCUCAGUCAGUUAGACUAGUAUUCAAUACUCCUUAAAACCUCUCAAUGCCAUGACCUCUUGUGGAAGUGACACAUGCAGGGGUGUCCAGUCCAGCUAUGAUCAUUUGAAUGGGGGAAGAUCUCAAAUAACUAAAAGUGAGAUUUUGAAUAUCACAUUACAAACUGCUGCAUCACCCAAGAGAGAGACUUUUAAAACUGCCUUAACAAAUGAAUUCAAAAUGAGGGAGUCUCCCUCCAAAUGAGUGACACAUGGCAACAACAAAGGAAAAGCCAUUUGGGGGAGUGAAAUCUGGCUGGAAGUGGCUGGAAUCCAGCUUAAUUCCAGAGGUGAAAACAUAGUUUAGGGCCUGAUCCUGUAGUACUUACUCAGGAUAAAUUCCCCUUGACUUCAUUGAUUAAAGACUGCAAGAUCAGGACUUUACAAGGCAGAGGUGGGUAUUUUCUUGCCUGCAUCUGAUUAAUUUGGGGACUGAUCCUGCAAGGUGCUAAGCACAUGUAUUUCCCAUUGGCUUCUGCGGAAGAUUUGGUUGCUCAGCAUCUCUCAGGCUCAGCACUUGAACAUCAUUCCUGCUCGGAUCAUCAGCUAUUAAUGUUGAUAAAUGUAGGUGUUUUGCCUUCAUUUUAAUUGCCCAAUGCUGUUAAAUGAACUGUCCUAGAUAUACACCACCCCAGAUGUAAGUCUCCUCUCCCACACUUCUCUCCACCCCAGAUGUCCCUAUCAUCUUCCCAGUACUAGUUCUUUACCACAUCCCACAAUUAGUACUUGAAGCCCUUCCCAGUACUAGUUCUUUACCACAUCCCACAAUUUUAUACCCAGGUUUCAUGAAACCACAGAAAUGCUUUUGUAAAUAAUGCUGUACAGUUUGUAACUGUAAGUGUACGCCUGUCAUCGGUGCCAGAGUCCGGCUUGCCCUCUCGCACGUUUUAAAAAAAUCAACGACGAAAAGUUAGAGCAAAUGGCCCACAAGUGAGCGAUAGGGUCAUCUCUGUGUGGGACAAAUGUAUAUUCCUGUAAGAUUGCAUUUUUAUCUAAGGAAUGAUGUUAUUUUAAAAAUUGCUAAUAAAUUUCUAAACAAUGCCUAGA